AUGGCUGGAAGUGAAGCGUUGUUGGCUUCGACGUUGCCCGUAACGACCUCACCAACAAAAGAAGAGGUCCUUAGUAUGCAUCGCUUCAUUGAGAAUGCAUUAGAUUUACUGCUCAAGGGUAAUCCCAAGAGCUACCAAUAUUUAAUUCAACAGCUAACGCUAAUUCCUGCAUCUAUCGCUACUCGGCGUAAAAUCUUCCGUGCUUUACCACGUUGUAUCUCUACAAUAGCACGAGAGCCAAAGGCUUAUCGAGCGCUACUGGACGUGCUGUUUAAGUUUGAUUUGCUGGCCAAUGGUGACCCACAGGAGGUGGACGAUUAUACGCGCUUUAUUGUUCAUCUCGUGUCUUCCAAUACCGUCUACGUUGUACCAACUCUACAUAUGCUGGUGCGCAACAUGCGCCAUCCACAGCUCAAGGAGCUGUCGCCGGAGCUGCGAGCUCUCGCAGACACAGAGCAAAACAAGCAACAAGAGGCUAAAAAAACUGCUGCUAGUGGCGACAUUGCCAUGGCAAAUUCUUUUGGGGCCAUGUCGACGCCUGCUGCUGAGACGGUGCAGGAGAGCAAGGGACUAAGUCUGGAUGAACGCAUCCAGGCACGAUAUCAAGCGGCACAUCACACACUUGAACGGGUGCUUACACUGGUACCAACUGCAACAAAUCUACUGUUUCCUAUCUUGUGUGAACACUUUCCACACAAACGAAUGGACGCAGCUACUCAGGUGGGAUAUCUACGGAAUGUUUUGCGUGUGACGGAGUAUGUUGGUGGGCUACGCGAGCGGGUAUUGGGAUUGGUAAUUGACCAGCUAGUGGCGAUCGAUGUGGAGAUUAAAUUGGAUGAGAGUGAAGAAGAUGUUUUCACCAUGGAUGAUUUUCUGGACGACGAUAUGCUGCCACCUGAUGACUCAUCGCGCCAAGUGGACGAGAUGGCGGACAAGUUGGAUCAAUUGAUGCUUAUAAUGUUUGAGCACAUCGAGCAGUCUGCUGCAUCGUGUUCACCCGUUUUGGUUUCGUCUGAGACGGUAGCAUCCACCGCAGCUAGCAAUGGUGGGAAGGAUGUGGACAUGCGCCAAGCCGCGCUUGUUUUUAAGUACCUUCUCAAGGUAUUCGAACAUUCUAUCCUUAACACUCAUCGGUCUAAGUACCCGCAGUUUUUGCUAUUCUACGUGUGUCGUUCAGACCCCCAAUUUCAGGAUAUUUUCAUUUCUCAGCUGUUGGCCUCGUCACUGGACCCACAAACACCGCCGACCACACGUCAAAGCUGUGGCGCCUACUUGGCCAGUUUUCUCGCUCGCGCCAAGUACAUUUCUGUAGCAUAUCUUCAGAAGGCUCUGUAUCACCUGUUGAAGUGGCUGCACGACCAGAUGGACCUCUACGAUGCAAUACACCUGGAGCAGCAAGAGCAAGCGAAUGAUAGGGUUGGUGAAAGCGCUGCUGAACAAGAGGAGCGGCUGCUGGAAGGAGUUGCGAAAGCGGAGAGUGCCGACGAGCGCAGCUUCCAGGAAAGCAUCUACAUCUCCUCGCUGCAGACGGUGUGCUAUAUGAUGUGCUUUAGAGGAUUAGAGAUCGCCACUAGCGAUAAUGGUGCCGGCUACGAAUUUUUGCGCAGCCUUGGCUGGGAGCGACUAAUUGUCACUAGCAGCGGCUACUGUCCGUUGGCAUAUUGCCAGCAGACGGUGGCCACGGAGUUUUUGAACCUGGUAGAGGCGUUCGACCUGGUCUCGGAGGAAUGUCUCGAACGUGUGGAUCUGGCUAUUGGCACAGUCUCCACGUCUAGUAUCAAAACUGCCAAGUCGAUGGAACGCUCAAAGAAGCCUACAGCGGGAUCAGCUUCUUCUUCCACUCUGCUUAGUCAACGGCAACCUCUAGAGACUUUCUUCCCAUUCGACCCUUAUCUCCUGCGCCGAUCUUUCCGAUACGUUGGACCGUUGUACCUUUACUGGAAGCAUGCUGACCCGACAUCAACUGAAAACUGCGAGUUGUUGGAAUCUGUCAAGGCCACUGUCCGACAAAUGCAAGAGGACGCAGAAGAAGAAGAUGAUGAUGAUGACAGUGAAGAAGAAGAGGAUCUGAUAGAUGAGGACGUGAGCAUGGCUGGAAGCGCGCCACAUCCAAUAAGUCUCCCAAACUCCUCUUAUCGCGCUGAUGGCUACAUGGGUAGUCUCAGUCGGUCUUGCAACAUGUCAUCGGUUAGUUCCUCCUACGAUGGUGAAGGCUGUGGCGAUGAUCACCACACACCAGUAAAACGUACGCUGCCGUCUCGUACCAUGUUCAACCCGUCUCCAGCUCUUUCAGGAAGUUCACCUCCAUCGAGACUACCACCACUUGGUGCCGUUGACGCCUUCACACUUGACGGCUUUGACGAAGACGACGAGGACAAUGGAUUCUAG